AUCGAAUAUAAAACUGCUCAUAUCCAAUAAUUCUUAUUCCUCUAAUUACUUAUAAUUAUUUUCUAUUAUUGAUUAUAGUUAGAAUUCCAAUUCCAAUUCCAAUUCGUAUUAACAAUGCCUUACGCUUUAUCUGAAUCUCAUAAAGAAUUAGUCUCUGCCCAUUUAAAGGAUAGUGAUCCUGAAGUUUAUCAAAUUAUUCAAGAUGAAAUCGAUAGACAAAGACAUUCUAUUGUAUUAAUUGCUUCUGAAAAUUUCACUACUACUGCAGUAUUUGAUGCUUUAGGAACUCCAAUGUGUAAUAAAUAUUCUGAAGGUUAUCCUGGUGCAAGAUAUUAUGGUGGUAAUGAACAUAUUGAUAGAAUUGAACUUUUAUGUCAAGAAAGAGCUCUUAAAGCUUUUAAUUUAUCAAGUGAUAAAUGGGGUGUUAAUGUUCAAACUUUAAGUGGUUCUCCAGCCAAUUUACAAGUUUAUCAAGCUAUUAUGAAACCUCAUGAAAGAUUAAUGGGUUUAGAUUUACCUCAUGGUGGUCAUUUAUCUCAUGGUUAUCAAACUGAUUCUAGAAAAAUUUCUGCUGUUUCAACUUAUUUUGAAACUAUGCCUUACAGAGUUGAUUUAGAAACUGGUUUAAUUGAUUAUGAUAUGUUAGAAAAGACUGCUAUUUUAUAUAGACCAAAAGUCUUAGUUGCUGGUACUUCUGCUUAUUGUAGAUUAAUUGAUUAUGCUAGAAUGAGAGAAAUUGCUAAUAAAGUUGGUGCUUAUUUAGUGGUUGAUAUGGCUCAUAUUUCUGGUUUAAUUGCUGCUGGUGUUAUUCCAUCUCCAUUUGAAUAUGCUGAUAUUGUUACCACCACUACUCAUAAAUCUUUAAGAGGUCCAAGAGGUGCCAUGAUCUUCUUUAGAAGAGGUGUUAGAUCAAUUAAUCCAAAAACUGGUCAAGAAACUCUUUUCGAUUUAGAAAAUCCAAUCAACUUCUCAGUCUUCCCUGGUCAUCAAGGUGGUCCACAUAACCAUACCAUUACUGCUUUAGCUGCUGCCUUAAAGCAAGCUGCUACUCCAGAAUUUAAAGAAUAUCAACUUCAAGUCUUAAAGAAUGCUAAAAUCUUGGAAUCUGAAUUCAUUAAUAAAGGUUAUAAAUUGGUUUCUAAUGGUACUGAUUCUCAUAUGGUUUUAGUCUCCUUAAAGGAUAAACAAAUUGAUGGUGCUAGAGUUGAAACUGUUUGUGAAAAGAUUAAUAUUGCUUUAAAUAAAAACUCUAUCCCAGGUGAUAAAUCUGCUUUAGUUCCAGGUGGUGUUAGAAUUGGUGCUCCAGCUAUGACCACUAGAGGUUUAGGUGAAGAAGAUUUCAAGAAGAUUGUUUCUUAUAUUGAUUUUGCUGUCAACUAUGCCAAGGAAUUACAAAGUUCUUUACCAAAAGAUGCUAACAAAUUAAAGGAUUUCAAAUCUAGAGUUUUAGAUCAUGAAGAUCCAAAAUUAGUUGCCGUCAAGGAAGAGAUCUCUCAAUGGGCUGGUGAUUUCCCAUUAUCUACUUAAAUGCUCUAGUAUUUUGUAUAUAAAAUUGGUUACUUUGAAAUCUUUUACCAUCGUAUGACUUGUCUUUCUAUAUUUACUAACUUCAUAUUCUCUCUAUAUUGUUUUGAUAUAAAAAAUCUCAAUACAAUCAUUCAUUAUUAAUAAUACACA